ACCACCUGAUCGCGCGGUCUCGAUUCUCCCCAGCUCCGCAAUUCGCGAGAUUACGACGCGCCGUUCUUUUCGAAAACUAAAAUGUGAUCCCAGAAAAAAAUAAUUUACUCUAAAUUUACAAACGGAAAAACAAUGGACUAUAUUUUUAUACAAAAUGUAAUCGACAAAUUUUUCGUUUGAGUAAUGUGACUGGAAAAAAAUGUUGCAGCUAUUAAUAUUGCUGCUAAUGUUUAUGGUAACUCUAGGUACGACAUGUCCUACGAUGUGUACCUGUCGACAUUACCCGAGAAAAACUAUGCCAAAAAGCUAUCUGUAUUACACUGUGGUCAAGUGCCAAAUGAUCGAUGCCAAUACGACUUUAGACAAUUCCACGAGAGUUUUAGAACUAUCGAACUUAGACGAAGAAGGCCUAAAUACCUUAGUGCAAAUAAUGACUGAAAGUGAUUUACCCUACCUGAAUAACUUAGUUCUAUCGACCAGUGUUUUGGAUGACUUCAAAGACUAUUUUGACGUUAUCGGUGAACAAAUAAAUUAUUUAUCUCUAACGUAUAAUAAUCUAACUUCCAUACCAGAACUGUCGAAAAAUCUGUCAAACUUAAUCUCGUUAGAUCUAUCUAAUAAUAAAAUUGAAUCAAUUUCUCUCGGUGCAUCUCUAAGGACACUGCCUAAUUUGGAAGUUUUAAAUUUAAGUGCAAAUUGUUUAACGCAAAUCAGAACUGAGAGUUUCAAACAAGUUACAAAUUUAAAGCGGUUAGACCUGUCAAGAAAUAAUUUAUCAAGUUUAGAAAACGGAACUUUUGACACGUUAGGAUCUCUACAACACCUUAAUUUAAGCUACAACAAAAUAGAAGUUUUAAGUGAAGAAAGUUUUAGUAGACUAGGAUUGUUACAGCAACUGGAUGUUUCAUGGAAUAUGCUGACUUGUGUCGCUCCCGGAAGCUUGCAGCUACCUAGCUUAACACGCCUACUGCUAGCUGGAAACCCUGGACUUGGAAAAUCUCGUGAAGUGCUUGUUGGAGUAGGAGGAAAGCUUCAGUCAGUGGAUGCAUCUAAAACUGGUUUAAAGCAAGUACCAGCCGCUCUAACUCAUUCAAUUCGUACUCUAAAUCUAGCAGAUAAUGUAAUUAAAUCGGUAAAUUGUGGUGAACUUGAUUCAUAUCCACUUCUCCAACUUUUAGACUUCACGUCAAAUAAUCUCGUUUCAAUCGAAGAGGACGCUUUAGGUCGUCUAGAGUCUCUUUCAAUUUUGUAUCUCACUGACAACAAAAUUCAAGAGGUUCCUAAAAGUUUACCGGAAGAUCUAACUGUACUGCACAUAAAAUUCAAUCGAGUUGAAAAAAUACACAAAGACGAUUUUGAAGGGAUGACAAAACUCGAGGUGCUUUUAGUCAGCGACAACAAAAUUACAGUAAUAGAAGAAGGAGCCCUCCGACAUCUAUCUUCCCUCGCAACUCUGGACCUGUCAAGAAACCCAAUAACAACCCUACACCCUGGAAGCCUCUCCGGACCACCGGCUCUACAAGUCCUCCGAUUGGCCGGAAUCGAAGCCGUGUCUCCCGCCGAAGACACGUCCUUUCCCCUCACCUCUCCGGAUCAUUUAAUCACGCUCGACUUAUCGGAGAGUCCAGGAUUAGCGCGCCAACUUCUGGCCGAUAAUGCCGCCCUGGCAGCCUCCAGGGAAGUGCAGGAACUCAAUCUUUCCGGCGCAGACCUCGAGUUUAUCCGUUCCGAUUUAUUGCACUUCCUGACACAACUAAGAGUUAUACAUCUAAGAGGCAAUUCGUUGAAUUGUAGUGAGUUACAAUGGUUGGCUGCGUGGAUGAGGAGACAGGACGAGAUAGAGUACAGGGAUGUCGUUUGUGCGAAUCCUCCUGACCUUUGGGGAAUCAGAAUUUUGGACUUACAAAUUACUGAAACUGUUCAAAUGAAUGACAGUAAGAUGUCUCUAUUAGUUACUGGAAUGAAAUCUAGAAACGAAGACAAAUCUCCUAAAGACAAUAAUGCAAAUGAAACUGGUGUAAAAAGAGAAAGGAUUUCAAAAAAUAUUACGGUAGAAUCAACAAAAAACAAAUUUAAUUUAGAUGGGUUAAAUCGAAGAAAUUCGUCUACACCUGUGGAGCUCAUCAAUGAAGAAAAUUCGGUAAUAAAGGACGUUAUAACGACGACAGAAUUCUCGCAAGUAAAGCCAGACGAAAGCGGUAUUAAUCAAGGAGGUAACGAGGCAAUUUCAGACACCGGGAGCACGGAGCAGUCGACGAAUGAUCGAAAUUACGCCGAAAACUCGCCGACGAAGAAUAGUGAUGAGGCGGCCGCGGCACGUAAUAAAGCCAGAGCUUCGCUCAAUCUCAUACUCACACCCGAUAUAUUAAAUAAUAACCCCGGCAGCGUUGCCAAAAGCGUUAAUAAUGACGGCACUAGCUCGAUCGACACCAAUAUAACCGAGAGCACGUCACAGUGGAACGGAUCGAGCGUGGAAAUGUCGAUGUAUACAAACAGCGAACGCCAGGCCCGCUUCCUGCACCCCGGUAUGCUAAUAUUAGCUGCGGGAAUUCUGUGCGGUGCGGCUACCCUCACCAUGCUCGCUGCCAGGUUUAACAGCAGGAAAAAGAGGGAUAACGAGAAUCUUUUUCGGGAGGAUAUAGAGGUGGCCAGUUUGCCGAGCGUAUCGGAGCUCUGGUGACAUUUGAGGGACGUUGAUGAAGAACGGAAGGUUCUGUACGAGACGUCCGUUACUUAACAGAUUAAACUUGACAGUGGUUUGUGAUAAAACUGAAUAGAUGGGGAUGAAAUCGGGUAACCAUGUUCUAAAUGUUAACCUAAUUUUGAUCAAACAAUUUCUUACAGCCUAGUUUAAUAAAAUUUAUUAAUAUUAUCACAAAAAAAAAAUAGAUAUAAAUAUUUUCGUAUUAAUACAAUAUGCCUAUAGCAGAUCAUAAGUUCUUUACUAAAGCUAAAAAUAUUUAGACUUUAUUAAACCAGGCGGUUGAGUUUUAAAAAACAGAUUAUCUAUAAUUUAGAUCUAAAAAAUAUGAUUUUAAAAUUUGUAUCAUUAAAUCUAAGUAGCAACUAAAAGUAUUUAAUGUUGUUUAAUUAUAUAAAAACUAUCGUUCAUUGGUUGAAUAUAUACUAAUUUAUUAUUUUAAUCAUUGCAAUUCUCUAUUUGUUGUAAUUCAGCUAAAUAACCGUACGAUCGAAAAAAGGUCACCAAGUUAGCUUGGAAAUGACAAUCAAUAACAUUCGCCAUAUAAUGUUACGUAAGGGUAAUCUUAAUUUCCAAGCCUACUCUGACACCGUCUUUUUUUCGAUGAUAUAGUAUAAUAUAAUGUCAAAAGUUUUUGCAGCAAAAUGAUAGAUAAAAUAUCAAAUUCCAAAUUAAAAAAAUGGAGAUUUAAAAAUAUAAAGAUGUCUGUAAAACUAUUUCUUUGAUUACAUUAAAUAAAAAUAAGUUAUGAAAACAAACAUAAGUAAAAAAUCUUAAUAGGAUUACAUGUUCAAAAAAAAUUGUAGGUUGAAAUGAGUUAAAAGUAAAAAGGUUCAAGACUUAUUUUAAAGUUAAAAAAGCUUACAGUCUGUUUCAUGUUUCAAGAUAAUUUAUAAAAUAAAAUAUUGCUGAUUAAAAAAAAUCUCCCUAAAAAAAUUAAUAUUGCUCUUGAACGAUUUUACUUCAAUAACUAAAAUUGUUCUGUAUAGUCUAAUCAUUCUAAAUUUAUGUUCUUAAAAUUGAAUAAAAAAGAAAAUAAAUAAUUAAAAAAUUGAUAAAACUUACCAUAAAUAACUAACAUAUCUAAAAAAAUUAAAGAAUUAAACUUUAUUUUUUGUUAGAAUUUAAACCGGAUUUCAUCCCACUGUGUAAUAAUAUAUAUUUUGUAUGACUGAAUAAGUUUUGUACUUGAAAUGUAAAAUAAUGUAAGAAAUUAUGAAAAAUAGAUAAUGUUAUUUGUAAAUGACAUAAGUAUAUGUAUGUGAAGGUGAACCCACUAAAAUAAAA